AUGCUUCUUCUUCCGGUUCUGCUCGCUUUGGUCGGGCUGCCAUGGGUAGCGCCGGCCAUGCGAUCGGAUCACCUGGCCAAGCUGCGGCAGGAGACGGUGGACAUGUUUUACCACGGCUACAACAGCUACAUGCUGCAUGCAUUCCCAGAAGACGAGCUGCGACCCGUAUCAUGCCAGCCGUUGACUCGAAAUCCCAAAAAGCCGGCUGACAUUGGACUGAACGACGUGCUCGGCAACUACUCCCUGACCCUCAUCGACAGCCUAUCAACCCUGGCAAUUCUUGCCGGUGGCCCUGCAGAUGAGAAAUAUACGGGAUCUCAGGCAUUAAGCGAUUUUCAAGACGGCGUGGCAGAAUUCGUUUUGCAUUAUGGCGAUGGAAGACGGGGCCCAUCAGGCCAGGGCCUCAGAUCCAGAGGCUUUGAUCUUGACAGCAAGGUGCAGGUUUUUGAAACAGUCAUCCGCGGUGUUGGUGGUCUGCUAAGCGCCCAUCUGUUCGCAGUAGGUGAAUUGCCCAUCAGAGGCUACAAGCCAAAACCUGAACCCAAGAUCAAGAGUGAUGAUCCUCUGGAGACGGCACCCAUCACCUGGCCUGGAGGCUUCCGAUAUGACGGUCAGCUCUUGCGACUAGCUCUCGAUCUAUCUGAACGACUACUUCCAGCCUUUUAUACCAAAACAGGGAUACCCUAUCCGCGCGUCAAUCUGCGCUCUGGCAUUCCUUUCUAUGUCAACUCGCCGUUGCACCAGAACCCCGAAGACACGGAGCCCAUCGUCGGCAAUGCCGAAAUCACGGAAACGUGCAGUGCUGGUGCAGGUAGCCUAACGCUGGAAUUUACUGUCCUGAGUCGUCUCUCUGGAGACCCGCGCUUCGAGCAAGUCGCCAAGCGUGCUUUUUGGGAAGUAUGGGAACGCCGGAGCGACAUUGGCUUGAUUGGCAACGGCAUCGAUGCAGAACGCGGCGUCUGGAUAGGUCCCCAUUCUGGAAUCGGCGCUGGCAUGGACAGCUUCUUUGAGUAUGCGCUCAAGAGCCACAUUCUUCUCUCGGGGCAGGAGACGCCAAAUAUGACGCGGUCCCAAAGACAGAGCACGACAAGCUGGCUCGAUCCCAACGCGCUGCAUCCACCACUAUCUCCAGAGAUGCACUCGUCGGAUGCGUUCCUGGAGGCUUGGCACCAGGCGCAUGCAUCGGUGAAGCGCUAUAUUUACACAGAUAGGAACCAUUUCCCAUAUUACUCCAACAACCACCGCGCAACGGGACAGCCUUACACGAUGUGGAUCGACAGUCUCGGUGCAUUUUACCCCGGCCUGCUAGCUCUGGCUGGCGAAAUCGACGAGGCCGUGGAGGCCAACCUCGUCUAUACCGCACUUUGGACACGAUAUGGCGCCAUCCCGGAGCGCUGGUCCGUCCGGGAAACCAACGUCGAGCCAGGCAUUGCCUGGUGGCCAGGUAGGCCUGAAUUCAUCGAGUCAACCUACCACAUCUACCGAGCCACAGCCGACCCCUGGUACCUGCGCGUGGGCGAGAUGGUCUUGAACGACAUCAAGCGCCGCUGCUGGGUGGCAUGCGGAUGGGCUGGGCUGGAAAACGUUCUCUCGGGCGAGAAGCAGGACCGCAUGGAAAGCUUCUUUCUGGGAGAGACGACAAAGUACCUCUACCUGCUCUUUGAUCCAGAGCACCCGCUCAACAACUUUGACGCCGCCUACGUUUUCACCACCGAGGGGCACCCUCUCAUCAUCCCGCGCAAAGCGCGCGGCUCAGCGACGCCUAGAAAGCGCGCUUCGCAAACAGCUCAACAGAGCAAAAAGGACGUGACUGUAUAUAACUACUACGACAGCAAAUUCACAAACUCCUGUCCGGCUCCGCGUAAACCUCUGGAGCCAUUAGCAGGCUCCAACACAGCGGCCAAGCGCAACUUGUUUGACGUGUCGCGUUUCACCAAUCUCUACAACACACCCAACUACCACGGCCCGCUGGAAACGGUCAGCAUCAGGGAUGACGAGGAGGGGCUCAUCUUGCAGCACCGCGCAACAUCCAACCACAGCGUCUUCCCGUGGACCCUUCCGCCAACCAUGCUUCCGCAUAAUGGCACCUGCCCCGCGCCUGUGAACCGGAUCCUGUCGUGGAUCGAGUUUCCCUCGCAGGAAGCCUCGGCGUCUCUGUUUUCACGCAGCGGCGGCAGCAGCAGCAGCAGUAGCACCCAGCUGCUGUGGUACCAAAACGUGGGCCCCACGGUCGAGCAGGUAGACGGGCUGAAGCUGCAGCUCGAGCAGGAGCACAACGAGGCGGCCGGCGAGGACGUGUGGAUGAUUUCACACGUGGGCGGUAAGACGGUCAACCGCCACGAAAACGUCAUGUUCCACGCCGACCACGUGCGCCACUUUCGCGACGACGCCUUCUCCGUACUUCGCCGCAAGGAUAUAGUGGACGUGGUGCUGCUCAUCGAGCCUGACACGGCGCCGCGGCGGACGAGCCGCGAGCUGCCCCGCACGUCGGUGCCGCUGCCGAUAACCGGCUCCCUCGACGACACCACCAGCAUCGAGGCCGCCCCCGCCAAAAACGCCUCCUCGACCCGCAGAACCGCCGUCCGCGCCAGCGGUGAGCCGCCCGCUGCUGACGCCGACUCGCUCUUUCAGUCCAUCCUCCGCGCCGUCUCCUCCGCGCUCGAAGGCAGCGCCACCGCUACCACCCCGUCGCCCAGACCGCCUCCCUUCCGAACCAGCGGCAGCGGCAACCACCCCGCCGACGCCGCCGCCGACGAAGACGACGACGACGAGCAACCCGGCGUCUCCAUCUACAGCUGGCUCGCCAACACGGCCAGCGGCGCCGGCGCCUUUCCCCUGCCCAGCGUGCAAGACGCGCUCCUCCGCAGCAGCCCCGGUUUCUCAGCCGCCGACCCGUCGGCCUCGUUCCCCUGGCGCCGCGUUUACAUGGCGGGUCUUGCCUGCGACGGCCCGCUGCCCGACGACGCGCCGCGCCGGCACCAAGUCAUUGUCAUGCAGCGCGGCGGAUGCUCCUUUGGCGACAAGCUCGACAACAUUCCCAGCUUCGCGCCCGGCGAUGACGGCAGCAGCUUGCAGCUCGUCGUCGUUGUGGAUGAGGGCGGCGACGCGCACGAGGCGACGCGGCCGCUGCUCGCGACCGAGCAGCGCACGCCACGAGGCACGCCGCGCGUGCACGGCAUCCCGAUGGUGCUCAUGCCGGGCGCCAAGGGCACGUACGAGCUGUUUCGGCAGGCAUCGGCGGUGGGGCUGCGGCGCAAGUACGUCGUCAAGAGCCAGGGCUACAUGAUUGAGAAUGCAAUUGUGCUGUAG